UUAAAAAUAUGAAUGAAUGUUACAACAACCUAUUACUCCCAUGACGCUUAUUUUCUUAUUUUUUAAUUAUUGGGGUUCGGGUUGGUGCGGGUUAAUAUCAGUAGAGUGUUCCAUGGAGAGGCCUACCCACCUCCUGCUGCUCCUGGGUGUUCAGCGAGGAGCGCAGCGGCUUGCUCGGCGCUCCGCGGUGCUUUGGAGAGGGGGAGGCCGUCAGCUUUCGGACGCCGUCGCCCUCCUCCGUAAGGUCCGAGCUUGACAUGGCAUCGCUCGGUUUAUCCGCUUCCCCAGCAGCGGAGAAAACCACCAUCACUUUGGGCAGCGGCAGUGUCCGCUGUCUAUCCUGAAUGAACCGCCUCACCCGCGUAGUAGCAGCAGCGGGUAGCGGACUGAAGGACAGAGCCUGCCGCUCCCUGCCGCCGUCUGAACCGUUAGAGCCGCUCGAGCCAUUCUGCUGCAUGCACGCGGCCGGCCGGCUGGCUCCAGGCAACGGGGGAGGGUGACGGUUGGAGCCGGAGAUCAACCAAGGGAACACCGGGACAAUAACAACAACAAGAGGGUGUGGCUCUAACAGCUGCUGGAACUCAGCCCACCAUCCACAGGCAAGGAGCGACAGCAGGGGAAAGAGAGAGAAGCCUCCUGUGAUAUAAAAACCUUUACAACAUCAGUGUUAAAUGACAAAUAUUGAUAAGGAACAUCAAAAGGCUGCACCGCCUGUAACAUCCGAGCUUUGGAACGGAGGCGAUGUGACGCGAGGGCUUGACGGAUGUGGGGAGACGUGAAAGAGGAAGUAGAGCUGACAGUGGAACUGUGGCUGUUGCCUGCUGCUGUAUGAAAGAGGUGAAGAAUGAAGGCGGCUGGACCUCUGAAGGUAUGAACGGUGACCUUAGUCUGGUGGCUGCAGUCCUGGCUGUUGUCUCAGUGGUGUCGCUGAGUCUGCUGUCAAUUUUGUGUCUGCGAUGCAAAAAGAAAUCAACUACUAUACAUGAGGAGUCUCAAAUAUAUGACCCACAGAUAUUCCAGCGUGGGGGCAGCAAAUUUGCAGUGAUGAGAUCAAAAACAGUCACCAGAGCCAAUCCGAUGUCUUCACCCUCAGACAGUUUGAAUAAUAAAGAACAACUGUUUUCCAGAGACACUCCUGAGGAGAAUCAAUUUCAAGACGCUCAAACUGAAGAGCAGGACUAUGAAAAUGUGUCAGGUUUGCAAACAAUCAGCUCCAGCCUGGAACAUGACUACGUAGCACCGAUCGCAGUGUCAUUAUAUGAGAACGAAAAAAGCCAUUUAGCAGAAGCUGAGCAGAAUCCUGGCCUUUAUGGGAAUGUUUUCCCGUCUCUGUCAAUAACAGAAGAUGACGAUUAUGAAAACGCAGAGUUCCUGGAACAGCAGGAAAGCGAUGAGCCCGAUUAUGUGAAUGAAAAUGGAGAGUCCACCUGAACGCACCACGUCUGCUGCUUUUCAUCCUCAGCAUCUGAUCAAACUAUAUUUUAAACCCUCAGUGUUCAGUUUUCUGUGUGUAAAUAUCCCAGCACCUUUAGGUACAACCUAAGACUGCCAUCUAGUGGUCAAAAUAUUCACUUCUGUACAGUUGGGUCAUCUUAUUUGCCUAAUAAAGUUAAGUCUAUUUUAAAA